AUGUCGUCCUUCUCCCAUCACCGUCCCAGCGGCUCUUCGCAGCCCUACACCCAACCGGACCCCAUCAUCAUCGACGACGACGACGACGACAUCGUCUUCACCGGCAUUUCCCACUCUCCCCCCACAGCCCACUCUGCAGCUGCUCCCUUGCCCACGAGCGGGCCGUCCGUGACCCUACCACAUUCUUCCCGAGACCGCCGCGACAUCCAGGCGUCGGGCGCCCUGGCCGAUGCCACGGCCAACGUCCACCUCGAACCACAGGCAAUACGUGGCAACGGCACAGUCGCACCCUCGCAGUCUAUAUCCCCUGCCAUGAUAGGCGGAGCGGCGAGCAAAGGAUCGACCGCCCCUACCGCCACGUACGGCACCGAGAGCAGCUCAAGCUCCUCCGACAGCUCGCGCUCGCUUUCACCCCGCGAGAGGUACCCCACGGGUCUGGUCUACGAUGUACUGAUGAUGCUCCACGCCAACCCGGUCGAGAUCGACCAUCCCGAGGACCCGAUCCGCAUUCACAAGAUCUUCAGCCUGCUGCAACAGCACGGAUGCGUCGCCAGGAUGAAGCGCAUCCCCACAAGGGAAGUGCUCAAGGACGAGGUCAUGCUCAUCCACGAGGCCGGCAUCUGGGACGGCCUCGAGCGAAGCGCAGAAUUCGGACGGGACGAGCUCGCAGAACAGACGAACCUGCUGGAGCGCCUCGACUCGUUGUACGUCAACGAGCAUUCCGCGCUCGCCGCCAGGAUUUCUUGCGGAGGCGCGAUCGAGCUGUGCGACGCCAUCGCAUCCGGUCGCAUCCACAACGGCUUUGCCAUCAUCCGACCGCCGGGCCAUCACGCCGAGCCGACAAAGAGCAUGGGCUUCUGCUUCUACAAUAACGUCGCCGUGGCCACGAGGUUCCUGCAGCAGAAGUAUCGCGAGGGCGAGAAGAGGGUCAAGAAGGUUCUCAUCCUCGACUGGGACGUGCACCACGGCAACGGCACGCAAAAGGCGUUCGAGGACGACGCCGACGUGCUCUACAUCUCCCUGCACCGGUACGAGGACGGUGUCUUCUACCCGGGAGGAACCUACGGCGGUGCCGAGAGUGUGGGGUCUGGGGCGGGAACGGGAAGGAGCGUCAACAUUCCGUGGCCCUGCGCCGGCAUGGGCGACGGCGACUACCUGCACGCGUUUGACCAGGUCGUCAUGCCCAUCGCACGAGAGUUUGGACCGGACUUUGUCAUCAUCUCGGCGGGCUUCGACGCUGCAGAGGGCGACAGCAUCGGCCUCAACCUCGUCACGCCCGUGGGAUAUGCCCUGAUGACGCAUGCGCUGGCCAGCCUGGCGGAAGGACGCUUGGCCGUGAUUCUGGAGGGCGGAUAUAAUCCGGACGCCAUCGCCCAAUCUGCGCUCGAGGUGACCAAGAUCAUCCUGCGCGAGCCGCCGCCCCGACCCAAGCAGCAAAGGUCGGUGACUCAGGUGCAGCAGAAGGCGGCCGAGGCGGUGCGUGGCGUGGUGACGAUCCAGUCGAGAUUCUGGAGCAGCCUCAAGCCGGCGCCAAUGUACGUCGACGAUGCGGCGGGGAUGCCGAGGCUGCCGCUCUCGGACCUGCUGCGCGCCCACCGAGCCUACGAGCUGCACAAGCGCUACCAGUUCUACGAGAUCCCGAUCGAGGAAAAGAUCCACAACAACGAGAGGGGCCAGGCGCUGGCGUCCGAGGACGUCAUGAAAAAGGAGACAGUCGUUUUGUUCGCGCACGACAUGGGCAACAUUCGCGCCGAUCCGCCCGCGCUCAACACGACGUGCCAGCGCGAGCUGGCGUACAUUGUCGACUCGAGCACCAAGGUGCUCGACUGGGCCUACAGCAAGGGGUACGGCAUCAUCGACGUCAAUGUGCUCCAGCAGCUGCCGGACGAGUCGGUGCCGGCGUACCGGUACAAUCCGAAGGCGGCCAAGAACAGCCCGGACCACGUCCUCUACGGCGACGUUUCCAGGCUCAUCACCUACCUCUACGACAACCUGAUCCAGCUGAGCGAGGCCAAGAACCUCAUCCUCAUCGGCCACGGCCUGGCGACGAUGGGCAUCAAGGACCUCAUCAUUGAUCGGCCCCAGGUCCGACGCCAGACGGCGGCCGUGAUCAUGGUCCUCGGCCUCCAGACGAUCCCGCAGAUGAGCCCGGGCGACACGCUCCUGAGGAAGUGGUACUGGCAGCGCAGCAAGGUCAUCACGCCGGGCCUCCACGCCAUCUGGCUGGACCCGGACGGUCCGGCAAAGAGGAUGGGGAGGGUCGAAGCAUCUCCCGAAAACAAGGCGGUCAAGGUCCUCUCGGCCAGCUUCGACGACAUUGCCACCUUUGUCGAGGCGCGGCUGCGCAAACACGUCAAGUCGCGCAACGACGACCUCGACGUCUAG